AAUUUUUAUAACUAAGCUAAGCCACAAGGCAUAAAAGCUACAAAAUUACAUCGUUAUUUCAAUAACAAGAUAUUUAGUUAGUGAUCUUAUUAUUUGCACAAUUGUAUAUAUUUAUUUAAUACUUACUAAUACAAGCACUGGACUCUUAGUCUUAUAUUUCAAAUAUCUUUAUUUAACAAUUAUUGCAGUUUAUAAUGUCAUCAAUAGAUUUUGAUCCAGCAAUCAAACUAUGUUUGAAAUAUUUACAUUCAAGCGCUUCGGAUUCAACUGAACAACUACGUCUUACUUUAGAUGAUACUAUUCGGCAAACAUACGGGAGCUCAAAAACUCUUGGUAAUGUUUUAUCUAAAAAAUAUCUAAAUGAGGAAAAAACAUCAUCGCCCUCACGAUCCAAACAUAAAAGCGAUAAGAAUUCCGGCUCGAAAACUAUACCGAUGCCACAACACAGCCCCCAGCAAAUACAAAUACCAGAAAGAGAAGGAGAUGUCGGUGUUAUGGAUGAUGGCGAGUUGGCAUUUGAUUUAUUACAAGAGGAUUUGACUUGUGUUGUGUGCAGGCAAAUUGCAGUGCAAGCGGGUAACCGCUUGGUUGAGUGUGAUGCUUGUCAUGCCCUCUAUCAUCAGGACUGCCACAAACCAGUUAUAAGUGAUAAUGAUAUGAGUUCUGGAUGGCAUUGUGCAUCAUGUCUUACACUAGGCUUUGCAUACUCCAACAAAGUGGUUAAAUCUCCAACUCGAGUAUCUGAUUCUACUCCGGUAAAAAUAACAACCAGUGCAUCUGCGUCUUCGCCACCAUCUAAAGUAGUAACCCCUAACAUUAAUAUCAUCUCAGCAGAUAAAAGAAUACAAACAAUGAAGAAAAAAGCUGCCAAACAACAUGAGAAAAAGAAAAGUAAAUGACAUAGUCUUUCUCAAUGGUAAUUAUUAGGAAUGAUUGCUAUUGCUAUUUUACACUGACUUGUUCAUUGCUAUAUUUGUAAAGAACUUAGUUAUAACUGUAGGUAUUCUUAAUAUUGAAUACAUCCUAAUUAUUAAAUGGUUUACUUUAUAUUCUAAGAGUAAGUUUAAUUAUGCAGAUAUAAAACAAAAAAUAUAGGAUAAUACUGA